AGUGCGCAGCAGAAAGGAGCGCCGUGUUUCGAGCAUGCGCAGUAGAAAGGAGCGCCGUAUUUCGAGCAUGCGCAGUAAAUAGAGACGGAGGCGGCCAGGAGAGGAACAGGAGAUUCGGGAUCUGGGUAUCGGAAGAGGAGAAUUAACAAAUGGGAAACUUCAAACCUAACAGCACGUCACUUAAUUUCAUUGGGGUCUGAGUAUCAUCAUGUUGACUAUGGAAGGAAAAAAGUAUGCCUAUGUUGCCACUUAGAAAACAUUUCAAAUAUCAAUGUGACUGGAAAAGCAACGAGACCACAGAAGAGUGUUCCAAUGCAGACACGGGGGAAGGAGCUUUAACAGUUACACAACUGAUAAAACAUUGCCCCAUUUCACAGUGGGGAAAGACUGUGCACGUGUUGAGUUGCGUGUGUGUGUCGGUGGGACUUGAACUGAUCAUCCAACCUAGAGAAACACAUGGAUACUCGCAGCAGGGCAAAACCGUGGAAAUGUGGGGACUGUGGAAAGGGAUACAAUUCCCCUUCUCAGUUGGAAAUUCAUCGACGCAGUCACACUGGGGAGAGGCCCUUCACCUGCUCAGUGUGUGGGAAGGGAUUCACUCAGUCAUUCUGCCUCCUGGUGCACCAGCGACUUCAUACCAAUGAGAAACCUUUCAGUUGCUCUCACUGUGGGAAGAAGUUCCGGUCUUCAUCCAACCUCACUGAGCACCAGCGAGUUCACACCGGGGAGAGACCGUUUACCUGCCCUGAGUGUGGGAAGGGAUUCACUUGCUCUUCACAUCUCACUGAUCACAAGCGUCGUCACACAGGAGAGAGGCCAUUUGUGUGUUCUGUGUGUGGGAAAGGAUUCACUAAAUCAUCGCACCAUCUAAGCCACCAGCGACUUCACACGACCGAGAGACCAUUCAUCUGCUCUGUUUGUGAGAAGGGAUUCACUAGUUCUUCUCAGCUUCUGGUUCACCAGCGAACUCACACUAAAGAGAGGCCUUUCAGCUGCUCCGUAUGUGGGAAGUGCUUCACGUGCUCAUCACACCUCACUUCACACUUUCGUGUUCACACCGAAAGCAGGCCUUAUAAAUGUUCUGACUGUGAGAAGAGCUUUAAAACCAGAAGGGAUCUGGUGAACCACCAACGUAUUCACACUGGUGAAAGGCCUUUCACCUGCACUGAAUGUGGAAAGAGCUUCGCUCGUUCAUCCACCUUGCGAAAACACCAGCGAGUUCACCGAUGACUUGUGAGAAUAAGAUGUUUGUGUUGUUAGGAUAUCAGAUAUUAAUGUGCAGGUCAUUCAGGAUUAAUUUUAAGGAAGAGACAGAGCAUAAUCAGUAUUUGUAACAACAUUGUAAUGAAAUAAUUGAAUAAACAAAGAUAACUAUGUUUUGUUCAG